AUGCAGCGCCUCGUGUUGUCACGGCGCAACCUGAAGGGCUGCAGCGACAUGUCUGCAAUUGUGGUCACGGAGGUGUUCGUCGGCGGUACCGGUACGCAACCUAAGGCGGAAGUCUUCGCGCAGGAUUUCGUGACGCAGGUUGUUUUGGUAAAGGAAGAGGUUGUGUACAUGAGGCUGAAGGCAAUGAAUACGUCCGCAGCACCGACACAGCUUUCCUCUCCGCCUCCACCGCCGCAUCAGACAGGCGAGUCGUCAACGGCCUGCGGUGCCAUCGUCGCUUGCAGCAAUCACCCCACCACACCAACCACCGCCGCUGCUCCGUUGUUCCCAAAGGAGGCUGCCCCAUCAAAAGACGGGAGCGAGUCCACGACCGUAACGCACUCUGCACUGAAGACGACUGUGCUGCCGCCCGCAGCAGUGAAGCAAGCAACGACCCAGAAGUCGACGAGCGACGGAACGGCCGCCGCAGCGGUACCGCCGACGGUGGAGCCGCUGGUGCCGAAGGCUGAGGCGCCGACGCAUCGACUGGGCUGGGGCCCCGAAGCGCACGGGCUGCUUCCUGACAAGUACAUGUCAGCUCCUGGCAAGCGUCCGCGGACAGUGCAACCCGAGCCAAGUACAACGACGGCGCAGACAGAGAAGUGGAGCAAGACGGAGUCGAGCACCAUUACUGUCGCUACUACUAGGAUGAGAGAUGGGGAGGAGUUGUUAGGAAAACAGGCUCUGGAGGCCAAGCGCCUAGGGUGGGGCCCCGAGGCGUCCAAGCACUUUGCGGACAACUACGUUAGCUCCCCAGAUAAGAUUGCACGUCUCCAGCGUGCGCAGAGGCAGGCUGUGAAAACGUCUGAGAAGAGUGCCGCUCCUGCACCGACUGCGAGGCUGACAAAGCCUGUGCUCAAGGCACCGGUGUCCCGCGCCCUUCAAUUCCCGAUGGCUAACGCCGAGGAGAGCCGUACCACAGUGGGCCACACCGUGGACGAUGCCAUCAGUGUUGACGAAACCUCGCCAACGGUGGAGCUUCCGAAGGGGUGGGGAAGGGAGUCGCUCAAGUUCUUUGACCCGAACACGUACUGCGACGACCCAACAAAGGCACGCCUGCUGCCGAAUACGGACUACUCGCGUUCGCGUCGCCACCGCCGACCGUCCACCCUCUAG